CACAUUCCACAGCCGGGGCAAUCUCCGAACCAACGACGCAUGGCCAUGCCAGAGGUGACAUAGGCUGCGCCUGGGAAGGUGCCUCUGGGUGUGUGCCUCCCAACGGCUUUAUUAUCUUUACUUCACUAUGGGGUUUCUACCCCGGGAUUUCCCGGCGACCCCGCAACCAGGAAGUGACUCACCUCGCACUUAUAAAUACAAAUUCAAAUCUUCACUACAAUUACAUCUGUACAAUGACACCAUCCUCCAACUCCAAGGUGGAGGAGCCGCACGUAGCCCACCUUCACACAGCGACACACGGAGUAGUACAUCCUGAGCCGGCAAGUUUGCACCUGCGCCUGCCUGAGCCUUUGUCUCUGCCCUCCCUGGCAACUCCGCCCUCCGUAGUCUCGGCCUCUGGCCCCGGCGAAUCCUGGCACUACCCCUACGACGGGCUCGCGGUGGUGGUGGCAGGCUUUUUUUGCAAUUUCAUGGUGUUUGGCAUCGGGUUUUCCUACGGGGUAUUCCAG